AUGAGUAGCUUGCCUAGACAAAGACCGGCGGUAGAGUCGGUAGGCUUGGAAUUAAAUGAAAAUCUUGAAGAAUUCACUGUUAUAUGGCUUGAUGCCAGAAUCGACACCUCAGCAGAUUGUAUUGAUACCAAAAAGCAUCUGCAAAGUAUCAUUAAUUAUCUAAAAACAUUUAAUGACUCUGCCAAAUGUAUUGAUUAUAUUAAAGCUGUGAAAGAAGAAAAAGUUUUUCUUAUUGUAUCCGGUGCAUAUGGUGAAAAAGUUGUACCAGAGAUUGAAAAUCUUCCACAAAUUCGUGUCGUUUAUGUCUUUUGCCAAAAUACUGAAAAACACAAAAAAUGGGCAUCAAAACAUCGCAUAGUGCAAGAUAUUUUUACCAACAAACAAAAACUUUACAAACAACUGACUGAAGAUGUUCGAUUGUCUGAUGCUAGUUUAUUAUCAAUAGCUAUUCUGAGUCCGGACUCAAAGCAAAAUCAAGUAACUGAUUUGAAUCAGCAAAGUGUAAAAUAUUUAUGGUCGCAAGUACUUGUUGAAGCUCUACUUCGAUUUCCCAGUUCGAAAAAAGCCAAAAGUGAUAUGCUAAAGGAGUGCAGACAACAAUAUUAUGAUAAUAAACGAGAAAUCGAUAUUAUUCAAGAAUUCGAUAAAGAAUAUUGUGCAGAAAAUGCUAUUGCAUGGUAUACACGCGAAUGUUUCCUAUAUAAAAUUGUAAACAAAGCGCUACGAACAGAUAACAUCGAUGUUAUUUUCAAGUUUCGAUUUUUUAUAAAAGAUCUCUACGAAGAAUUAUCAAAAAUGCAUGCAACUUAUAUUACAUCAGUACCGUCGAUCGUAUAUGUUUAUCGUGGCCAGUACAUGACCAUGAAAGAAUUGACUAAAAUUAAGGAAAACACUCAGGGUCGUAUUUCGAUGAAUACAUUUUUAUCCACGAGUACUUCGAAGCAGACAGCAUUAGACUUCGUCCAGCAUAGCACUACACAUUCCUCUUUAGCUGUUGUCUUGUUUGAAAUUGAAAUUGAUUCUACAUUAGCUACAAAACCGUUUGCCAAUAUUAAGAGUAAAAGUUAUCAUAAGGAGGAAAAUGAAGUUUUAAUAGCUAUGGGUUCAACAUUCUUUAUUGAAAAAGUUGAACAAGAUAAACAAGGAAUUUGGAACGUGAAUUUGGUAUGGUCAAGCAAGGAGGAUGUAGAACUACUAACAUACAUGAAAAAGUCACUUGGUCAAUCGACAAAUUUAGAAACACUCGGUUCACUUCUUAUCGAUAUGGGUGAACUUCUCAAAGCGGAGAGAUAUUUCAAACUGUUACUGGAACAAUUACCUGAAAAUCAUCCCUCGAUUGGGAACACAUAUAUUCAAAUGAGUACUAUCGGAUUAAAUCAAAGCAAUAUUGAGAAAGCAAUAGAGUACUCAGAAAAAGCAGAGAAGAUUUUUCAAAUGUCUUAUCCUAUGUCACAUCCAUGUUAUGGUUCACUUUAUCUGAACAUGGGACGAAUACAACUUCUUCAAUGUGAUGUUAUAUCGGCACGAUUGAAUUUAGAAAAAGCAGCAGAGAUAUUUUCGAAAAAUGCACCUUCAUAUGACUUACAAUUAGCUGCUGUGUAUAUUCAAUUAGGUAAUAUAUCGACUAUUUGUGGUGAGCAAUCCAAAAUGUUGACUGAACUGAAAAGAGGACUCGAAAUUCAACUCAAACACUUACCCAAUACCCAUCCAGAUAUCGGAAUAACAUAUAGUUAUUUAGGAGCAGCACAGUUAACAACAGGCUUAUCUAGAGAUGCGCUUGACAGUUUUACAAAAUCAUGGGAGAUUUUACGCAAAUCACUCUCUCCAUGUCAUCCUAAAUAUCUUUUGACAUGUUUUACUUUAUCCCAGUUAUAUGAUGCCAAAAAAGAUGUUGAUAAAAAGAAUUUUUAUCUGGACGAACUUUUCGAUAAUUUGCCUGGUAUGAUUGCACAGAAUUUCGGAGAUAUUGAGUUAAUGUCAUUGGCUGCAUCAAUGAAAGACGGUUCAGCUACUAAUAAAGAUAUAAAGAUACUUGAAACUCGUUUUAAAGAAAUGGCCACACCUCUCGAACGUGCUGUUCUUGAAUUUCGGCGAUUUACGGAAGCAUUGGAAGCACUGUUGAAGAAAAACGACUAUGACUCGGCCUUAGAACUGAUCAAUAAAACUUUGCUAUAUUGGCAACAGAAGAUGCCAUCAGGAACUAUUUUUCUAGCUGAAUUACAUUACAAAACAGCAUACGCAUAUUUCAAAAAACAAGAUCUAGUUUCAGCUUUAUCCAGUAUUAAUGGUGCAAUAGAAAUUCUGCCAUCAGAUUUCCCGUGGUUUUCAAAAUAUCAGCUACUUUUAGGUGAUAUUUAUCGCGAUGAAGGCAAUCAGAAAAUGAAACUCAAUGAACUUGAUGCAGCUCUAGUAGCGUACACAAAAGCAGUAAAUAUAUAUAUUACAUACAUACAACCGCCAGUGCACCAAACUAUCUCUAAUGCUUAUUCUUCCAUUACAAAGAUUCAUGUCCGAAAACAUCAAUUCGAUUUAGCCAAGGAUAAUUUAUUCAAAGCGCGUAAUUCACUUCCACCAAAUUUAUUAAACUCAAAACAUAAUCUGUACAAUAUCGAGCGGACUGUAGCUUAUUCAAUUUUUAGAAAUAGCAUUAAGGAACUGAUUAACGCAUUAGACAGCGAUGCAUUAGAAGGUUUUCAAAAAGCACUUUCUACUUUUAUCCAAGAAAUGUCUUUGCUAAGCUUUGAUAUUGCAAGCACCCAUUUCUUCAUUGGAUAUUUAUAUACAAAUAUGGCAAAUAACUUACUAGCCGAAAAUCAUUUUCGUUUUGCAUUAGAGUCGGCAAUACCAAAGCAUCCAAUACGAAAAAUUACGAAGGAAGUUUCUUUAGAAAUUAAGCAACAAACUCUUAAUUUCAUUCUUGCUGAUUUACUUAUGAUUUAUUCAAAGACCUUCGAACCUGAAUAUGUGCCACGUUUACAUGAAAGGGCCAUAUUUUAUUGUCAAAAAUAUCCCACAGCAUUAUCUCACGUAAAACUGGCAACCAUUUAUCUUCGUAUAGGGUCAGUUUAUCAAAAGGCAAAAAAUGAUAAUCUUGCUAAAAACUAUCUCAAUGAUGCUUAUGCUGUCAUGCCACCAGAUUCUAAAAGUAUCGAUAAAUCUGAAAAACCCUACUUUCUGGAGUUAGCUGAAGCUCAAUUUAAAUAUGCUGAUUAUUGCAUGACUCAAUCUAAUUUUCAAGCAGCAUGCCCACUCUUUCAAAAGUCACUGCAUAUUUAUAAAAUUUUGAUACCCGCUACAGAUCCAAAAAUUAUAACCAUUUACCGUAAAUUGGCUGGAAUAUAUGCCAGUCGAUUGGAUAUUCCCUUGGCUAUAAGAUGUUUAGAAAAGGUGGUCGCCAACCCAUCGUUUAAUGUUGAGAAUUAUUCUGUAGCAGCUGGUGGCGAAGCUGUUGAGGGUGUUCUCGAGCUUGUUUGUGAUGAUCCAGCUUUCACAACCAUAUAA